GUCCACUACAGGUAAACAGUGGACUUUGCUUCAAAGUAAUUCAUUACCGAUCGAUAGAACUAAGCAAAGAAUAAUACCAUGGCCAAUAGCCACAUGAAUAAAGGAUAUGAAAUGCAUCCUCCACCACAACAAAUGAUUGACCGACAUGAACAGUCUCAUCCACAGCAUAUGACGGGAGAACAUGGACAUUCUCAUCCACAGCAUAUGAUGGGCGGACAUGGACAAUUUCAUCCGCCGCAACAGCAACAGCAGCAACAACAAACUACUGUGAUCAUCCAACAACCAACCGUACAGACAAACCCAUUACUAAUCGGCACUAUACAUGGAACCAGGGAAUGGUCAACUGGACUUUUUGAGUGUUGUACAGAUGUUGGAAAUUGUAUGUUUGUAUAUUUUUGCUAUUGCUGCGCAAUGUCAACGAUUGUAACACGCUUAGGGGAAAGUUGCUGUACAAGUUGUUGUGUACCGUGUGCAGAAAUUGGAAUCCGAACUAGAGUAAGGACUCUUGGCGGAAUCAGGGGUAGCAUGUGUGGUGACUGCAUGACCAUAGCAUUCUGUACGUUGUGUGCAACCUGUCAGGAACACAGAGAAUUAAAUGCUAUGGGACUAUAAAGAUUUGAACUGUUGGAACAAUGCACAAAUUAUGUAUACA